AUGAAGAAGUUGCCGCUGCCUCUGAAAGAGGCCGUUAGAUCGUCGAAGAAGCCGCCAGGGAAGGAGGUUCUCGAGGAGCUCUUGAGGCGGCAUUUUGGACACUCCCAUUUCCGGACCAAACAGCUGGAGGCCAUCCAGGCCGCGUUGUCAGGUUAUUUCGUUAGAUUUUAGGACGUAUAUGGCCAAGUAGUUGAAUUUGUCUCUGAUUUCUUAUGGCAAGACUUCGCUAUCUGUUGGGUUUCAUAGGAAGGGACUGCUUCUGCCUUAUGCCGACCGGAGGAGGCAAGUCGAUGUGCUACCAAAUCCCAGCGCUGGCAAAGGUCGGCAUUGUUCUUGUCAUCUCUCCCUUGAUCGGUGAGAAUCUGGAUAUUUGCCGCUGCGAAUUUGAUAGAACAUGUCACUUCUUUGCAGUUUCCAAUACGUCGGUUGUUCGCUGACUAAUUUUUGUUUCACCUUGACCAGCGCUGAUGGUGAGUGCACCGCGUUUUAUUUACCACGUCAUAUUCAUUGUGAGUUUUCCCUUUAGUUGUUUCCUGCAGUCUUCCUGUUUCUGUUUUUUGGAAUAGGAAAAUCAAGUGAAAACGCUGAAGCAGAAAGGUAUUUCGGCCGAGUAUCUCUCCUCCACACAGACACCACAAGUCAGAGAGAAGGUAAAUUCUGGAAUUAUGACAGGUUCUCCAAGACUCAACGAAAUUGUGCGAAUAUUAAUUGUUAACGGAUUACGAAUUUCAAUCUCAAUUAUUAUCCUGGAAUUUUUUCAAUUGGAUUUUUAUAUGUUUCGUUAAGAAUAUUCAUUGAUCAUCUUGUUUUUGGAUGGUGUGAUCUGUUAGCACACAUGCAAAGGAUCAAUAUGAGAUAACGUGAAUGGUGAACAGCUGGGCUUCUAAGUUCCUCCCUGAAAUGCUUUUGAUUCUCUCCUGCCAAAAUUUCGACAACUUUCAUUGAAAUCCUUUACGUAAAUAUCUUGAUGCAACAUCAAUGGUCUCCCUGAAAGCAGGUUUUUAUUUUCAUAAUCUCAUCAUGGAAAGAAGCAGAUCGGUUGGAAAUAUCUAUAGUCUGAUUGUUUCCUUUCAACUAAAGUUAUAGACCCAUGAUUGUUGGUUUUAUAUAUUUUGAUCAGCUGAAAACGUAAUGGUGUGGAUCACAAAGGUUCAAGCUCAAAUUCAACCAAACAGGCCCAAACUACAAGGAUAAUGCAUCGAUUUCGGAGGAUUUAAAAUUAUUUUUCUGUUAAUUAACUUUUAUGUUGUCUAGUUAACUGAUUCAUUUUUUUAAGAAAGUAAAAACUGAUUUCAGCCUUUUUAAAAGCUAGAAUGUUGUAAUAUCAAUCGUUAUUAAUAAAAAAUUUCGGUCUCUUUAGAUAUUUAUUUUUGCUUGUGAAUUCAAGCAACCUCUGUGGAUUUGAGGGGUCAUUCAGAUCCUUGUGGAUUAAAAUAUCGUCCAAAACAUUCCUUAUGGACCCAAAGAUUAAAGAUCUCGUGUUUUGCAGAUUUAGUACUCGAUUUUUGUUCUUUUCUUUCGCCUGGUCAACAUGUCACAAAUUUUGGUCAUUUAUCACAAGUCUUAGAUCAAUGACGAGGGGGAUUCGCUUAUUUAUUGUUUCAUCCCAGAUAAAACUGUGUGAUUAUCAAUUAUCUUUGGUCUUCCUUUUACUUCAGUUAGUAUGAGAAUCUGUGUGUUUUGGCCUUGCUAUUUGAUGCAUUUCCUCCUGCUUUUGAGCGGGUGUCUUUGUGCGUUGGCCUUUCUAUUUGAUGGGCAGAAAGCUUUAGUGCAAAAAAUAAAAAUAAAAAUAAAAAUAAUUUUUCAAUGAUUCCUUCAAGUCGUUUGAGAAUUGUGAUCUAUGAAUACAAUGCGAAGUUUCUGUUCUUUUAAACAUCAUUUCUCUUAUAUAUUGCUAGAUCCAUGACGAACUUGAUUGUGGGAAGCUAUCCUUGCGCUUGUUGUAUGUAACUCCAGAGUUGGUUGCAACACCUGGAUUCAAAGCGAAGCUAAGUAAGCUUCACAGUAGAGGGUUAUUGAGCUUGAUUGCCAUAGAUGAGGUCAGGCUAUACGAUGCAGUCUGAGUUUGAUGGUUCAUUAUUCAGUGUAUCCACCCUAUCUCAGUUACUUCCUCGUUUUCAGGUUCAUUGCAUUUCAUCAUGGGGUCACGACUUCAGGUUUGCUCAUAAGAUGAUGAUUUCUAUGAUUUCAUUGGCUGCAUAGUUGAAUAUGGUGAUUUUAGGUGGAAUAUUUGUAACUUAGUCAGUUACUUUUAAGAGUGUUCGAUUCUUGUGUAUCUCUUCCUUUUUAUUUUUAUUUUAUCAGUUAUUGCAUUUAAUUGCAGGCCUGCAUAUCGCAAACUUUCAUCUCUGAAGAAUGAUCUUCCUGAUGUGCCAUUGCUGGCAUUGACUGCGACAGCUGCUCCAAAGUAUAUCGAUAUAUGUUUUAGUCGUUUUUUAUGAUGAAUUUCUUUUCUAUCCUUAUUCGACCAACAUGAUAACUUCAAGAUGUGAUUUCUGGUCUAUCUUCAUAUCUGUCACCCUCCACUUGGUGCUCUGGUGGAGGAAAGGCAUAUGACUGCCCUUUCUUCCUUUGUCACCAUCUUUUUGCUACUUUUUCAUCCAGUCUCAACUGCCAUGAGUACCACUACUGUACUGGAACUAUCAUGGGAUUAGGUGUUUGCUAGGAAUCAGAUCAGAGUGCAAGAUCGUAUCAUAUCAUGUCUCAUAUGCAGUGAGCUGCAGGUCAACUAAAAUGUCUAGUCCUCUUCUGUAGCUGUCAAAUCUCAAUUUCUGUAAACAGUUUCAGUAAAGACAAUUUUAGUUCAGAUAUGUUUUUUCCCUUUCCUCUUUUCUUCUGUAGAUUUUACAUUGGUCAAGCUGAAUUCCUUUUGCACCUGUUUAAUGACCUUGUGAUCUUGUCGUUGAGAUAGAAUUACUUAUUGUCAUCUUGCACAUUCACUUGAAACAUCCUGCUUUCCACCAUUGUGUUUUCUCCAAAUGAGUAGUUACGUUGUUAUUCGUGAGAAAAUUUCAUUAGCCGUAUGGAUUUAUUUGUUUGUUGUUAUUAGCUCAUCCAAAAUUUUGCCCAUAAAUCUGAUGGGGUUCCUCCUUAUUUUUUUCUUGCACCUUCGAAUGGGAUUCCUCUUUAUCUUGUACUAUAGACAACACUUUGGUGGCGGAGACUUGAGGGUCACAUGCCGUCACUAGGGAUGAAAGCUUUAUCUUUAGAAUGUCCUCUUUUUAUGGUUCAUAAUGACAAAGUAUUAUUCUUAUGACUAUUGGUGCGAUCUGUCUUUAUCUUAGAAAAGACAAUGAUUUGAUCUCCUCCACACAUCCUUGACAGGACUCGCUGCAGCUGAUCAUGAUUUUAAAAUUUGAUCUUGCAUCUUGGCUAAUUUCAUUAUUUGAAUAUCAAUAUUGUAUUGAAAAAAUAUAUAUUUUUAACUUCUCAUGCUUGUCUUCUUCCAUAGACUGGAUUCUAAAGUGUUUGUGAUGCAGAGUUGAGAAGGAUGUGAUAGAAUCACUGGGCCUACGUAAUCCCUUAAUUCUUAGAGCAUCAUUCAAUCGUCCUAAUAUAUUUUAUGAAGGUAAGAUAUGACCUGGUUAACUUAUGUCUCAGUAAUGUAUAUUGGUGCUUAUAAUAUGCAAGCUUAUUUAAUCCCUCUAGUAUGGAAAUUGUCUCAGAGAAGUGGCUCAUUGAUCCUGGAUAUUUUGUUUUUGUUGGCCAUAUAAUAUACCUUCCGUGGCCACCAUUUCAAGCUGGCUCCAUAAUGAGUUUUGUCUUUAGAUUUUACAAUUUAGUGAAGUUUUGUGGUUGAUAGAUGUCAGUGUGAACUGGCUUUUUCACUUUUAUUGUAUAAUUGGGUAAAUAAUUUUCAGUUUUUUCGGUGAAAAUUCCAUAUUAUAUAAACUUAAUUCGAAACAUCUCUGUUAGAGGACAAGAUUGUACGAUUUUUUCUCUUUGCCUGAAAAGAUUUUAUUAUACUGCACUUGAUUAAUUUUCCACUUGUACAGUUCGGUACAAGGAUAUUACAGAUGACACAAACACAGACUUGUUUAACUUGAUCAAGUCAAGAGGAUCUGUCUGUUCUAUUAUUUAUUGUCAUGAACGUUCCACGUGUGAUGAUUUGUCUGCUCAUCUGAGAAAGAAUGGUAUAUCUUGUGCUGGUAAGAUCAUGCAACAUUUCAGAAGUAUCUGCUGUUAGAGAGUUAUACGAAAUCAUACCUAUAAAUUUUCUCUUUCAAAUUCUUUGCAGCAUAUCAUGCUGGAUUAAACGAUAAGACGCGAAGCAAUGUUUUAGAUGAUUGGAUUUCUUCAAGAACACAAGUUGUUGUAGCGACGGUGGCUUUUGGGUAGAAUUUUUGUGCCGACCUUGAUGUACUUUUUCCCAUUUGACUUCCUAUGUCAGUUGCAGCUAUAGUUUAUUAGAAUGAACCGUCUUGCUUUGUUGUAUACCUUUCUAAACAUCUUUGUGGUCUGCACCUAAGAUACUACUACAAAAUCUUCAGAAACUGCACAGUCGAUACUGUAAACUAUAUAUCGUAUGACAAACAAACGUUCACAUCUUCAUUGUAAUAAAGUGCCCAUUUUGAGAGUACAUGGACAUUCAUUCAUUCAUAUUAUUCUCUGCCGUGACAUUCUAUGUGCUUAAUCAUUAAAAUUAUUUUUUAUCAUCGAAAGUAAUGUGCUUGGCAGGGGAAAUAUCUCAAGGUUUUAUCAGUAAGAGUUUAAUGGGGGUUUUAUAAGUGUCUAUAUUAUAUCUAUUUCUCAUUAAAAACCUGGUCAAUUGGUGAUCUAAUUUUCACCACCGAUUGUUUUUUCUACUCUGGAGCCUAGUGUUUGUACAUCAUGUGAUAUUCUUUACUUUGAGAUCUUUAUUAGCUGUAUGCUUAUUUAUGGGGGGCUUAUAAUGGAUAUAUGAAUGAAUUCGGAUUGAAACAUAUACUUUAGUUUUAUUGAUACUUUUUGAAUUUCACGGAUGAAUUGGUAAGGUUCCAGUAUCGAAUUUGAUUUUUAUUUAUUCUUUUUGAGGCAAUACAUGUUUUUUUUUUAUGUAUGAUAGCUGUGGGACUGUGAGAGAAAGACUCUGAUCGCUUUGAUUUUAUUAGACAAUUAUCAUAGUCUAAUAACAGAUAAUUCAGUCUGUUUCCUUAGAGAAAAUAUUCAGCAUCUUUCUGCUAGGCUUUUUGUAAAGUGUAUUAUGACCAAUUCUCUGUUAGAUUUUUGAGUUUUUACGUUGGAAUGCUUUCCUGUCAUUCAUAGUUGUUUUCUUGCAUGUUUUUCAUUCUUGAUCUUGCAAUUAACUUGAAUUAUUUUCGUCAAUUUUACUCCUUAACCUUGGGUGGACUCUGGUGUAUGGACACGUACCUAAAACAUGGACCACUUUGCCAGAAUGGUACGUAUUUAUUUGUUUUUUGGAGGGUUUCCCACCAUAAGCGUACAAUCACAUUCGGAUGAGAUUGUUCUAUGUUCUUACUGGCUUUUUGCCUUCUAUGCUCCGUUUAUAGGGUAUAGACAGGAAAGAUGUUCGACUUGUAUGCCAUUACAAUAUUCCGAAAUCGAUGGAGUCCUUUUAUCAAGAAUCAGGCAGAGCAGGACGUGAUAAUUUUUCCUCAGAAAGUGUACUGUAUUAUGGUCUAGAUGACUGCAGAAGAAUGGUAAUCGAAUUAUAAAGUAAUGUCUCCUUUUUGUCCAAGUUAUCAAUUUUUGAUAACUGAGGUGUUUGAUAGGAGUUCAUUUUAAGAAAUGCUGGGGCAAAAAGGCAGAAAUCUUCAACUGUGUCAGAUGCCUCUGUAAAAAAAUCCUUGGCUGACUUCACUCAGGUAGGAACAAUAAAUUGGAUAAUCGAGCGUCUUUCAUCAUCUGGAUAUUUGAAUGGCGAAACUUUAUUAUAUCCAGAUGGUGGAGUACUGCGAAGGAUCUGGCUGUCGUAGGAAGAAAAUACUGGAAUGUUUUGGAGAACAGGUGUUCAGAUUUUACCCUCCCACACUUGCAUUUUUACUUCAGAUUUGUAGAUGUAUGCAUAUAUCGAGUAGUUAACAUCUUAGUCAGGUCUCUGGAUCGCUUUGCCGAAAAACAUGUGAUGCAUGCAAAGAUCCAUGUAAUGUUGCUGCAUCUCUUCGAAAACUUGGCCAUUUUUCAAGCAAUCGCCAGAGGUGUGGACUCGUUCCUGUCUUCAUGAACAGGUACUAUGAAUUGGUGCCUAAUUUAAUGGUCCAUUUGUUAUUCCUUUCACUUUUAAGACAAUCAAAAUUAAUGGACCAAUUAUUGGUGCAAUUGAAUGUGCAGUAGUUUUCUGGGAGUUAAAGAAUCGGGUAGUUAGAAUUCAUCUUUUCUUCUUGAGAUAGAAAAAGUAUCCGUGUGUCAUGUUCUGCGAUUAAAACCAUGUAUAAUCUGAUGCUUCCAAACUUUUCUCGCCUAUGUUUUUUCCCUUAUAUUUUCUUACUCUAUCCUAUCUCUUAAAGUUAUUUAUGGAGGAGGACUGAUAAACCUGAUGAUCAUUUUAGACUUGUUAACAAGAGAAUGUGGUGGUUUUGUUUAUUGUCUGCUUGAUUAAGUUAUCACCAUUGUUAGCACCUGGCCAUAUGGAUAGUUUGUCUCUUAUAUCAGACUGGAAGCACAAUUUCCCUUCACCUUUGUCCCAUAUUUUCCCUCUUAUUAUCAUAUAUUAUCUCGUAAACUAUGCUAAUGGAAGGACAUAAUCUUGCAGUAAACUUCUUCCGAUUGCAAAGUUGAUAUAGUGCAUGAGAGUCGGGAUUUUCGUUUGUGUACUAGGGAACUUUGCUCCAUUUUUUAGCGUUUCCUUUCCUUCUUGAGAAGAUCCCGGUCAUCUAAUGACCCAGCUAUACUUGGUUAUAUUCCUGUUCGACCAUAAGGCGAAAUCAUCUUAAUUAAAAUAUUAGCUAGCUUGAGAAUUUUCAAGGGAAUCAGAAAGCCAUUAGAGUCUCCGGAGUUUGAACUGCAGACCUGAACUGAUCGUUCUAUAUAACGAUAGGAUCAUGCUUUUCCAUACUGCUGAACUCUGAACUGAUUCCUCAUAGUCUAAGAUAAGAUAAACGAUCUGGAGACCUCAAACAUGGGAUUUUUACUGUUGGCUUACAACUGCAUAGUUAACGAAGCGUAGAAAUGAAGGGCUGCGCUAUGUCUCUCGAGCCUUCUCACUCCUAAACUCCGAGAAAUCUACAUCGUUCUGAAUUAACUAGCUUGCUUCUGCGCUCAGGUGUCUCGGUUUUUACGUGAUUGAGAGUAACACCACUCCAUCAGAUGUCUUGAGAAAACAGAUACUAUUCUUUUGUUUGAUAAUCGGUCUUGUUUUCCCUUAUCCAUGUCCGAUCUGCUCAUCUGUAUCACCUUCUGCCCAGUAAAUAUUUGGUGAAUGAAAUAAAAGAAGGCAUGAUUUUUUGCCGCGUGUUUUUCUUGAGUGAUAAUUUCUAUAAUUUAUAUAUCCAUGACUUGAGGAGAAUUUUCAAAUUGCGGAAUAAAUUCGAAGAAUUCAGCCUGCAAUCGACGAACCACGUUUUGGACGCUCACUUUGAUCUUAAUUUCCUGUUGCCAUCCUCGGUCGAUGCCUUCAGCUCGAUGGAUUUCCCAUCAGUUGCUCACGAAACAGAAUUUUGGAACCGAGAAGAGGAAGAAGAUCUCUCUGAAGAAAGCAUCUCUGUUUCCGAUGGUAAUGAACCAGAUGGCGGUUGAUCCCUUCAUUCCAUCCGAAUCCGUAAAUCAUACUGUUUUUUGCAUCUUUCAACAUACAGACGAAGCCGAGGUCGUGAAUAUCCGCAUCAAGCCCACAAUGCAGGGAGAUUCUAGAAUGGAACUACUGCAGCGUGCUGAAGAGAGGUACUAUGCAAACAGCUGCCCUAAAAGAAAGGUAAGACGAUGCUUUCCCACUAGCAGGCUUUUCGAAUCUCUGAAUUUCCGUGAUCUACAGUGAAGAUAAUCUGCUGUUCAUUGAACAUAUUCUAGCGUACAGAUCACAGAAGACUAACCUGGUUACAACCGCCAUAAAUAUAGGGAAUACUGAAUAAAAUAAUAUUGUCUUGAAAGCGGGCAUAUUUCUCGAUUGGUUUUGAAUUGGAUCGCCAACUACUUUGAUGAAGUAUUCGAAUGGAGUGCUCACUCUGUGGCCGCACUCACCUCAAUACUUGCCUCCUGCAUAAUUAUCUCAUUUUAAAAAUAAUCAACAAACUCAGCAAUACACUUGUUGCCUAUUGAUGUUGAUUUAAAAAUUUAUAUAAAUAUAUCCAGCAGAUAUUUCUAGUCUUCGAUUCGGUCAACAGCAAAAAAUCUGGCUUCAGUUCAGCACGUGGUGCCUUUUGAAUAUUUUCUGCGGCAGGCCGCUGGGCUUUCUGAGAAGAAGGCCAUAUCCGGAACGUUGAGAGAGGCAGCUAAGCAGAGGAUGUCGAAUGCCUUGAAGCAAGCGCAUGAACGACUUGGAAUUCCUAUGUAUGUUUGUCUUGCAUUCUCUUUCAUACUCUCCUCAUUUGAUUCCAAGUAGAAAAAAAAAUCGCAUAAUUUCCCAAAGAAAGACCAUCAUGCCACCAAAUUUCUCGUUGCUUUUUUUAGUAUUAUAGAUGUCGAUAAUUUGUUUUCCAGGUAGAAAAUCAUGGGCGUUGAAAUUUUUUAAAUUCUCCAUUAGGAAUCGGAUACUAAUAUUGAAUCGUCAGAUGUUUCUGGUGACCUGCUUAAGAUUAUUCAGAUACACUUAACCUGACUGAAAGAAAAAUAUGAUUCCCAUUUUGAGAAGUAUACGGACCAGAUGCUCCCGUGGCUCUACCUUUUUCAGGGCACCAGAAUCACUCCAUGUGAUUCUAAAUUCUUUAGCUGAUAACUUCUCCGCUGAAUCUGACAUCCACAGAGAGAGAUUAGUGACUGAGGGCACAGAAGAAAAGGCGUCCUUCAUAUAUUCUGCAUCUGUUCUUGACGAUAAAAAUCUUGAAUCACCUCUCGCAUUCUUCCCCAGGGUUGACCCGGAGCCACCCGCUGCCCUCCUAGAGUUAGACUGCUACGACAAGUAUAAAAAGGCGGGGAGGGCCUUCUACAACUCCCAGGUGGCCAGCACAGUCAGAUGGCUAUCCUCUUCGAGCCAUGAACAGAUCGACGUCCGGCUCGGCGCCCUCUCCCCCCCUGUGGCCGUCACCAAAAAGUCGAAUGAUCUUCCUCCCAAGUCCUCUUUGAUGCGCAGCCAGAGCUCAUCACCUGCUGAAUCAGCAGAACCAGAGGGGGAGUCUUCUGCCACCUGGAGCUCCUCCGAGAUAAGAGCUCCCUUUCCCAUAGAAUCAUCCUCUGAGUUCGCUGCCGAGAAAGCUUCUGCAGGGCCGGUGAGGGAUCCGCCGGCAGGAUCUAGCGCGCAGAGAUCACGCUCGGGUGACCGGCCGAGCGGUUCAGGGAAAAAGGACGAAGGUAGAGUAGAGAGUUCCAUGGCGAGUUUUCCUUCAUUGCUCCUCCGAUCAUCCGUCCUCUAA